AUGUCUCAAAGAAUAGCGGAGGUGAUUUCCAAAGUUGCGUUGCCAGCCGGUGUUGCAUUUGCAUUAGCACAAUCGUCCAUGUACGACGUGCCGGGAGGCAAACGUGCCAUCAUCUUUGAUCGUUUGAAAGGUGUGGAGCAAAGAGUAAUUGGUGAAGGGACACAUUUCCUUGUGCCUUGGUUGCAAAAAGCAGUCUUGUUUGAUGUCAGAAUCAAGCCAAAAGUCAUCACAACAACAACUGGAUCCAAGGAUUUACAAAAUGUCUCAAUCACAUUGCGUGUCUUGACAAGACCCGAUGUGCCCAGAUUGCCCACAAUCUACCAGACUUUAGGUUUGGAUUAUGAUGAAAGAGUGUUGCCAGCAAUUGGAAAUGAAAUUUUGAAAUCGAUUGUGGCCCAGUUCGACGCCGCUGAGUUGAUCACCCAAAGAGAAGUUGUUUCUGCUAGGAUCAGACAAGAGUUGUCAAGAAGAGCUAAUGAGUUCAAUAUCGAAUUGGAAGAUGUUUCAAUUACUCACAUGACAUUUGGACGUGAAUUCACAAAAGCUGUUGAACAGAAACAGAUUGCUCAACAAGAUGCUGAAAGAUCGAAAUAUCUCGUUGAAAAGGCAGAACAGGAAAAGAAAGCAAGCAUUAUUAGAGCCGAAGGAGAAGCGGAAUCUGCAGAUGUUGUGUCCAAAGCAUUGGCAAAGGCUGGUGAUGGUUUAUUGAUGAUUAGGAGAUUAGAAGCUUCCAAGGAUAUUGCUAGCACUUUGGCUGGUUCAGCAAACAUUACUUACUUGCCAAGUAAUGGUGAUGGUGGUGAUGGUAGUGGAGAAGGCGCUAAAAACUCUCUUUUGUUGAACUUGGGUCGUUAG